GUUCACGGAGGAGCCUCUGUUUGUGAAUGGCUUCAUUCACUGGGCUGGGCUCGUAGCAGCUGAAGCCCAGAAGUGCUUCUCCGUCCCUCAGUAUCCCCUUUGGAUUAAAAGCAGCUCCGCCACAGGCAAAGGGAGACCUUUCCUUUCUGCAGAUCCUCAGGCUGCACCCCCAGGGUGCCUGGCAUGGCCCUGAUGCUCAGCAAUGCCUACCAAGGAGGAAAAGCCUUUGGAUUAUUGAAAGCUAAGCAAGAAGGAAGGCUGGACGAGAUCAACAAGGAGUUCCUCUGUGAUCCAAAGUUUACUGACGAAGAGGAUUUGGAAGAAAAGCUUGCAGUUUUUAAAGAAAAGUACAUGGAGUUUGACCUGAAUAACCAAGGUGAAAUUGAUCUGAUGUCUGUGAAACGGAUGAUGGAGAAACUGGGUGCCCCGAAAACCCAUUUAGAGUUGAAGAAAAUGAUUUCUGAAGUGACUGGAGGGGUCGGUGACACCAUCUCUUACCAGGAUUUUGUCAAUGUGAUGCUUGGAAAACGGUCUGCAGUCCUCAAGUUGGUCAUGAUGUUUGAAGGGAAAGCCAAUGAAAGCAGCCCAAAGCCUUUGGGCCCACCUCCUGAGAGAGAUAUUGCCAGCCUCCCUUAAAAGAAUGCCAAACCUGUUGGUUCCACACCACUCCCCUAGGCUAUAACCAGGGCUUCGUGCUUUGUUGCUUUUAUACUGGACAGUCUUAGAAAGCAAUAUAUUAACUUGCUUUAGAAAAAGGAAAGACAAGGGAAGUUCCAGAAACCUUUCCCAGGGUAGCCUUUAAAAAAAAAAAAAACAACCCACUAGUCAACUCUGUUUCUCAAAGGUCAGUAGUGAAAAACUAAAACGUGAACUCAAAACCAAAGUCCCAUUUAUCUGACGAGAAAUCUCAUGGGUGGUUUUCUGAGGCCGUAACCAAAUGGUGACUCAAAUGCUCAAGCUUCAGCCGAGUAUCUUCCAACCAAAACAAAUAUUUGUAAAGAGGCCUUGCUUCCCAAAGAAGACCUCGCCAGCUGCCAUUCUGAAUGCUGAUCUGCCUUGCCCAGCAGAGCCAACUCCUGCAAACUGGAGCUGCUGUGUGCCUUCUCUCAGCUUUACCUUGCACACUAAUGUCUGUCUCACCCCCACUGCAAUGGUCUGCUUCUGUCAACCCCAAGGAUUAUCCAGCCUAUCAUAAGCACAUCCUUCUUUACUCUUGGAUAAUAGUAUUUUCUAGAGUAAUUUGAUUGAUUAAGUGCCGUCAAGUUGGUGUCAACUCUUAGCAACCACAAAGAUAGAUUAUCUCCAGGAUGAUCUGUCUUCCACUUGGCCUUGAAGGUCUCUCAGUGGUGCCUUCAUCGCUGUCAUAACUGAAUCCACCCACCUUGCUGCUGGCCGUCCUCUUCUUCUCUAAUUUACAAGAGUAAAAUACUCUCUGAUUAAGUUAUUUGUUAGAGCAGGUUCAUUGUUUCUCAUUGGCUAUGCAGAAUGCCAUCAGCUUGUACCUCUCAACAGAGGGUGUGUAAUUAGAGUUGCCACAUUUGUCAGAGGAAAUUCCUGGAGGCAACCAUCAAGGGCAGGAGCGCAAAGUUUAAAACUCAACUUUUUUGACAGGUUGGAAAGAGGGCUUGACAAUGGCACAUAGCAAUUGUUUCAUACAUUUCCCCCAUUGCGUUCUUUGCACAGGGUGACAGGUUAGGAGCGUUUCACCUCAAUAAACUCAAUAAAAUAUGUGAAAUCAAUAUGACGAUAACACGUCCAAUUGAAAAAUGGGGGGGGCCCUAUUAGUAAUUAACCAAAAGAGUGUCUUUAUUGCACAAAAAAGGAAAACUAAAGGUUGCCAUGCAUAAAUAAAACGUCUUGGUGUAACACACCAUCCUCAGCAGCUCGAGUCAAGCUUGAGCAUGCUGGGCUGCAGUGCGAGGGAGGCCCGGCGGGGAGCUGAGGCUGUGUCCUGGUGCCACAGCCUCAUGGCCAGAGAGCAGGCAGCGGGGCUGGCAUUUAUUUAGCUGAGUCUCUCAUCAUUGUCAGAAAAAGAUGGGGGUUGUGUGUGGCAUGCUGCCAGGGAGCACCUACUGCGACUCACAGAUGGAAAGGGGAGGACGAAACACUGGGCAGUGGACACACACCAAGUCUGUCUGAGGAUUUGAAUUAUGAUACAAUUUUAUUGCUGGAGAGGAGACUUUUGGGAUUGGCUUUGGCUUGGGAGUGGUGGGACAGACACACACACAUUGUUGGAGGGGCAGGUGGCAAAAGGGUUAAUCCCCCUCUGGUUAAGAAACAGCUAGAGAGCAUCCAACAUAGGAAAUCUUAGGUGUUAGUUUCAGUAUAGCUGAGAGAAAAAGAUCUUCCCCAAAACAGCAAAACCCAUGUUGCCAAUUUUGGGGUCUGCCUCCAAUCAAGGAUUUGGGCAUACUGCCCACAGUGUCCUCCACCAGAACGGUUACUAGGACAGCCCCAGAGUCCUGGCGAGAUGUUCUAGCUGUGCUUUUGGCCUAGAGUGGGGAAUUAGCAUGGCUUGGGGGAUCAAUCCUGUCCCAGUAUCCAUUUAAGCAGGUCUUGGAACAGCAAGACUAUCCAAACUGUGCCCUUCCCCCUUCGGGUGCCCACCACUCAGCAUGGCUGAUCCCUCUGGCAAGCAACCAGUGUUGUCUUGAUCCAAGAGGGCCCCCCUUGAAUUAGGAAGAGCCUCGUGGAAGCCAGCAGACAUGAUGGGGAAGCAGGGACCCCUUGUUUGGAGACAACCUCUCCAUGACUGAACUGCUGGGCCUUUUACACACAUGGCUUUAAGUUCGCAUCUCUUCCAGAAUGGGGGGCACGAGUCCACAUACCAGCUGGAUUUACCCUGAAGUUGCAGCAGGUUGUCAGGGACCACACAACUCUGCUUUUUCUUGAAUUACUGCUGCGCAUUCUCAGCCCAAAUUAUGUAUGGGGUAAAAAAAGAGGUGUGAAGCCUUGCAUGCCUGCCCCCAAACCCAGCAUCCUUCCACUUUCAGUCCAUAAACAAAACUUCAGCAGCACAAAUACUGUCACGUGUUCAAAAUCAGGUUACAAAACUGACCUUGGUUACUGUUCAGUUAUCAGUAAACCUUUCAAAGGCAAACUCCUUAUAAAAAUCAGCAAAGAUUUGGGUCAUAUUCAGCAGGUUCGGGUUAAGCAUUCUGUUAUUUUGACUAGUCAGUCUUGCAGAAUGCCAGCCAAACUAAAAUAAAAUAAAAAAUUAAAAAGAAUAAAAUAAAAUAAUAAUAAAGAGAGGCAUCUCACACCUCUUCCUGGAAUGUGAUUGGUUGGAUAAAAAACCCUAAGCAAGCCGUGGAAACACACACAGGAAAAAGACCUGCAAGGACUGCGGAGAAGAGCCAACCCUAUGUGAAGGGCCCACCUAAUCACCCAAAUUAAACAGCUGUGAAUCUGCUGCAAAGAUUAUUAUUUAGCCUUAGAUGGAGUUAACCGCCCACUUUGGGCUGCAUCCCCAAGCAACCCAACUCCGAGAAGACCCGGUUCCAGCACACACACUGCCUUGAGGCUGCCUCCCAGGACAAAACUCAUUCCACACACAGAUGGAAAAAAUGAGAGAACAUUGAGUCUCACCAAUUUAUUGUUGCACAUUUGUGUGGGCUACAUGGGAGUUGAAUUAGCUUUCUGGCAUAGGCAUUUUUGGUUUCUGUACCUGUGUAAACUGCAAGGCCAAAUAACCAUAAAAUGUCAAAGAUGCAUUCUGACAAAGCAAGUGACAUUUACAACUGCAAUUAAUAGAGUUGUGGAUGUUUAUCUGAUUUAUGCCAAAAUAUCAUGGACUAUACUUGACAUUUCAUGGCUUCUCAUAAUGCAUCUUGUACAUACAUCAAUUGAAGAUCAUGCAUCUGAUGCAUACUAUAAUUUGUCAUUUAAGUCAUCACAAGCUUUUCCUGCUAGUCUUACAGGGUCACCCAUUUGACAAGGAAAAUGAUGCCAAGGCCUCAUACCGCCAUGUUAGUUGUUGUACCACAGAUAAACAUCUGCUUUACUGGUUGCCUUGAUAACUAGAUGUAAAUACAAUUGUCCUCCUUUGCCCCUAUUUGUAGCAUCCAGCCCAUGAGAAGCCAGUCUACAAUUCACAAUUUUGUCAGAAUAUACCUGCUUUCCCCUGCUUCAGCAGCAUUUAACACUACUAGAAGCUGAAAACUGCUCCUAGAAUCACUGUCGAAUCACAAAUUCAGCUGUAGAUUAACACAGUGAACUAUGAUUUUGAAUGUUUUAUGUUGGGAGACAAGUGCAUAAAAGGUUAACAUUUCAGAGUUUUAGAACGUUUUAGCUUAAGCACUCCACAUAACUUAGAUGAGAUCAUUUAUAGGCUCAAAUUUGCAACACAUUCCAUUCAAUAACAGACUUCAGACUUAAAUCACCAUGUAUUAUUUUAGCUUCUGGUAAUGCUGGCAAUAAACUGGACUUUUAAGUUGUGUUCAAAGCUAGUCUGUAAUACCUUCUGAACAUAGCUAAGCCCUUUCCUUCUAAUACUUGCUAUACAUUGCACAAUAUAAUUAUUCCCAACGCUGCAGUUUUCAGUAUGACGUGCCAUUGGCCAUGUUAGCAGUAACAAUUUACUAUGUUCCACCACAAACUAAAAAGACUGAAGACAAUGACAUUUGGGAAUGCAACAGCUUUAUUGAAACAAAGUGCAGUGAAGUUUUACUUGAGUGGCUGGAUAUAAGCCUGCAAUAUGCAAGUUUAAAUACCACCUCUCAGACGCAGGACCAAGUGAAGGGUUGAUUCCUUCUGGAUGUUGUAGUCAGAGAGAGUGCGGCCAUCUUCCAGCUGCUUGCCAGCAAAGAUCAGCCUCUGCUGGUCAGGAGGGAUGCCUUCUUUAUCCUGGAUCUUGGCCUUUACAUUCUCAAUGGUGUCACUUGGCUCCACCUCCAGGGUGAUGGUUUUCCCAGUCAGGGUCUUCACAAAGAUCUGCAUGCC